UUAACAAAUAAUCGAGAACUCAAGGUGUGUCAGGAAAGCCUGUCUAUCCACCACAGGGCACUGUGCAGCAGGUUAUCCGAGCAUACAGCGUUUAGGGAGUCAUGGACGAACCAACGCACAUAGAAAAGGGGAACAAAAUGGCUCCUCCCGAUAAGGAAGUUGAAAGAACGCACAAAAUGCGAGAUAUUUGUCUGACCAUCACGAUUGUGGCAGUGGCCAUUGCUAUAUCAAUAGCAAUGAUCGUGUAUCUAGCAGGUAAACCGCAUACAACGAGAAAGGAAAUGAACUUGAUCCCAACCAUUAAAAAAGCUAUUAUGGAGUCCGUUCAAGUUUCACUAUCCACGACCCCAGGAUGGAGUCAUUAUCGCCUAGAUACAGCGGAAGCCAUCAUAGGAGUGACCCUGGCAUACCCCGAGGCAUAUGAUGAACAUCGUUCAGCCUACUUAGCGAAACUCGCCAACAUGAAUAUUGAUAUCCAGGCAGCUUUAAUAAAUGAUUCCGAGCUGACCAGUACCGUCUGGUCACGCGGGAAGUUGGCUCAGUACAUCAGCGGUAUUCUUGUGUCGGGUCAACACGAGACUGCCCACUCCUAUUACGGAACCACCAACCUUCUGGACAUCCUUCAAAACCAUCUAGUCCGCUCUAUUGAUUAUUUCCGCAUCAAUCGGUUCGCCUUGUCCUGGAUGGCUUUAGCUAUGUGCCAACAUAACAAGACAUUUGACAGGCAAUAUGAAGAUAUCCUUACAGCACAUCCGGGGACCUAUACGUUUGGAAUAGAUGAAGCUGCAAUGAUUACCAUGGCAUGUACAUGCCUCAAUACCACGACUUCCUUACCUGCCGCUCAUGUUGCCGCUGAUAUCAUCGCAAUGGAGAUUCAGAAAGAAAACAAUACUCUGAAUGAGUACUCUCUCGGCCUAGCCGCACAGGCUUUGAUUUCCAUCAAAAAUGAAUCAUAUGAGGACCAAAUUGCUAAAGCGAAAAUGGGUAUUGUUAGCAAGAUCAAAAUUUCCGACAUCAUGAAGGAUGGGUUAGCAGCUUCCCACAUCCUGCCUGCCCUUGCAGAUAUGUCUUAUAUCGACAUUGGAAUCAAUCCACCUAUUCCCCGCGUGACGGAUACGACUACCGAUAUGGUGAUGCUCGAAAUCGUAAUCACAAUGGAUGAUCCAAUCCUGACUAACACCACAAAACGCUGGGAUGCAAAUGUUUCCGUAACAAAACAGCCCACCCUUCUACAGGCGAUGCAUGCCCUUCAGGCUCAAGCAUCAUCCGGCUUUAGCUUUGAAACCACCCCAACUAGUUUUGGACCAAUGGUUAUAACGAUUGAUGGCAUAACGAGAAAUGAAACCAACAUGUACUGGAGGAUUCUGCUAGCACCUGAUACACCUCUCAGUAAAGGAGUUGUAGGCACCAAUCCUCAAAACGGCGAACACUACAUCUUCCGACUCACCACCUUCGGACCUCAUUAGACCAAAUCACUUCUAGCUAGAAAAUAUUCAAACUUAUCUGCUCGAAGACAAAAAUUGAUAACCACAUUCUGUAUGAUGACACUUACAACUCUCCCAUAGUCUUCAUCAAUCUGAAUCUCUCGAAUCCUUGUUCUGUUUAAUUUGUCUGCAGUAUGUGUUAUUUGUCGCGGGAAACUUGAUACCUGAAACAAACCUUGAAACUGUGAUGCUACUAUCUGGAAAUGUAAUUUUAACAAUUUGAAAAUUGAAAUCGGCACUUUUAUCAUUCAGCUGAGUUGUAAGUUGUCCCUGCCGGUGACGUUGUAAGCCGCUGAUGUCAAAAAGUAUGCAGUUUCCUUGAUAUCAAGUUCUUAGUCGACAUGGUCAAUACAGUUUCUAUGAUUUUAAGAUAACACUUUGUCAGUAUACCCAUAGGUGAAACCGAAGAACUUUUGCAAGAUUUCCAUUACAUGCUUUUAUAAGCUCUUCAACAAAACCAUUUUCGUGUGAAAACGAACAAAAGUUGGCCAACAGAGGGGACAGCGUUUGUUCUGAUGGGUAUGCCAAAAGACAACAUAGAUGCUGUCUAUCAGAAAUGCAGUCAUCCUCACGAUUUUAUCUUCGGUGUAUUUUCGAUAGUUAAAUGUCUAAUGGACCUGCUUAUACAACACAGUGCUUUUAACACUGUACCUCAUUCUCGGAAAAGAACGUUCUCAUUAUAAGAGAACGAAAGUGACCUUUAAGUUUGGAAUUGGAAAACAUACCAAUUUGUAUGCUGGAACAUAGAGUAACACAUCUGCGCCAACAUAUAUAACAACAUGUCUGUUACUUAAAAGUACAUAUGUAUUACUUUAGAUUACCACAACUAAAAGACAAGAAAGGUUAUUCAAUGUUUCCAACAAUGAAGUUCAUAGGGAACGACAUAUCCAUGCCGCGCCUUCUAAGGAAUGGUCAUUUCUUGCGAGACGAUCGGAGGCCGUAGAUCGUGAGUUCGAUGCCCAUGUCGGAGCACGAGUAUAAAGUUGUCUUCCUCUUCAUUUGUAUUACUAUGUUACAUAUCUAAUUAUUAGCACAAUAUAUCAUAUACACUAUGUGUUGCUAAUCCGAAGUUUAAAAAUAGUAUUUCCUGUCCUAGUUGUUCUAUGAUGAAUAUUUAUGAUAAGAGUACAAUUCGCAUCCGUGUAUAUAUAAACAUUGCGAUUAAGGUAAUCAUAUCAUCCUAUAGACGACAUGUCUCGUGUCAGGGUAUCGGGUCGACCAAAAUUGCGCCCUGAAACGUUGUUUUUUAAGAACGUUGAUAUGGCGCAGCGGUAUAAGCUGCGGGUAUUUCUGGCUAGGCGAUUGGGUGCCGUAUAUCGUUAGUUCGAGGCUUGGUUAGGGCACGACUCAUAAAGUUGUCUUCCUUCGUCAUUUAUGUUAUGUUAUAUAUCUAAUUAUAAGCACAAUGUAUCAUAUGCACUAUGUGUUGCUGAUCCGAAUGUAAAGAAUUGAAUUUCCUACAAAUAGGUGUUAUGUCAUAAGCAAUUUUAUUUUUCAUACAAUAGUGCGCCCUAACCCUACAGCAGUCAUGGUGGCAGGGCCAGAGGAAACUCGGUCUGCGAACAGUACAGAAACGCACACUUGUGUGAUACUAUGGACUUAUUUUAAUAGAGAUAAUUACUAUACAAUGCACUUGGAUAAGCACAAUGAAGAAAAACAUCAAAGCAGACAAAAUAUAUUAUCUAAUGUUCAGACGGACAAAUUGUCUUAUCUAAUGUUCAGACAGACCACAUGCCGUUUUGUCCUGCUAAAGACUAGAAACGAUAAGAACCUAAAACAUCAGCAUCUACUUCAUCAACUGCUCUAAAAUACUCUAAAUGGCUGUAAAAUCUUGGCAUACCCCUUGACAAAGGGGAAGCCGCUUUUAUAAACAGAAAUUUCAACAUCUUUUAUAAUUAAAACAUAAAUUUUGCAAAGGUAAUUCUAUAUUGGGGAUUACCUCUGUAUUGCAGGGGCUGGUCUAAGCCCUCGACGAAUCAAAAGCCACGGAUUUAGCACUGGGUCACUUUAGCCUAACAGUGGCCAGAAUGACCCUUGACCGUUGGAAAGACAAUAUAAGUAGCAUGAUAUAAUUUGAAUUUGAAAAAAAGACUUUAGAUACAUUGAUUUUUUGUAUGUCAAAUGGAUUGGACAUCAAGAUAAGCUUAUUUGAGUGAACUCCAAUUUGUUUAAGAAUGUAAACGAAAUUCAUUAUAUCAAUUAUCGUCAUGUCAUUGGUUUAUAUUUAUUGGUGAGUUACCAUGCACGAAUUCUGUGGGAAACAGGUAAUAAAGCCCCCGUGCAUGAACACAUCGACUAUAUACCCGACAGAUAUGCAUUACAAUUCACCAGUGACUCUGCGUUUUAUGCUAUUUCAUAUAAGGAGAAUUUUAAUUUUUAGGAUAAAUUUUACUAAAUGUUUGGGGUACAAACAUAUAGCAUAUAAUAUAAUAAUACUAUCCAUCCAGUCAAGUCAGUCAAAAAUUAAUAUUGCUGUUUAAGUAUAAUUACAUCAUGGUAUAAUUUUGCUCCAUGGUUUCACUCUAUAUAUAUUAAAAUAAUUUAGUUUGGUAUGCAUAUUCAGUAAUACUUUGACGAAUAAAUGUAUUGAUAUUAAUGGUACGCACUAUACAUCCAUUCAGAAGAGUAUAUAUAUAUUGUAUGAUCCAAUAUACAUAUUUGUCAUAUACUUUGAUGCAUAUGUCUCCUAUUAAAUGUGAAGUGGACAUUCAA